UCAUCUCUAUAAAUAAUAACACACUCGACAUUCAAUCAACAACACAUCAACUCAAUUCAAUCCAAUCACAGAGAUACAUACAUCAAUCAUUCAUUUCAACAAACAAUUUUGCCAUGGCCGCCGCCUCCUCCACCAUUCUCAAAGCCGCCGUCUCCUCCCCUUCCCCCGCCAGGCUUCCGCCGCCCGCCGCCGCCGCCCAGAAACUCUCCUCCUUUGCCCCAUCCAAGAAGAAACAAUUCCUCCCCAAACCCCUCACCAAAUCCUUCUCAUGCAAAGCCCAGGCCGCUGAUCCAGCUUCCACCACACCAACCAAAGUCCAACAACUGCACGUCUACGAGAUCAACGAGCGCGAUCGCGGCAGCCCUGCCUACCUCCGAUUGAGCCAGAAAACCGUCAAUUCCCUCGGCGAUCUCGUGCCUUUCAGCAACAAGGUUUACACCGGCGAUUUGAAGAAACGGGCGGGGAUAACGGCGGGGUUAUGCAUCCUGAUCAAGCACGAGGAGGAGAAGAAGGGCGACCGCUACGAGGCGAUCUACAGCUUCUAUUUAGGAGACUACGGCCACAUCGCGGUGCAGGGGCCCUACCUCACCUACGAGGACACCGAGCUCGCCGUCACCGGCGGCUCCGGCAUCUUCCAGGGCGUCUACGGCCACGUCAAGCUCCACCAGAUCAUCUUCCCCUUCAAGCUCUACUACACCUUCCACCUCAAGGGCAUCCCUGAUCUGCCGGCGGAGCUGCUCGGCCAGCCUGUGCCGCCGGCGAUCGAGGUUGAGCCCACCCCCGCCGCGAAGAGUUGCGAAGCCGGAGCCACGCUCCCUAACUUCACCAAUUAGCCGCCUCUUCUUCGUCGCCGGCGACCGGUUGUUUCUAAUAAAUUUUUUAAGAUUAAAUUAGUUGCUUCUUUUUUAUAUUUUCAAUCAUCAUUAUGCAACUUUUAGUGGCCAAUGCAUUUUCUGUUUUGAGAGUGACACCCACUCAUCACUGUCUCCAUUCAAUUGAAGUCAUGGUCUAGUUUAAUUAUACCUUUUUGGUUA